GACCACGCUUCCCGGCUCGAUGAAUUCUUGCCGCGGGCGGAGGACCAGGGCAGUCCAUCCCUUCUUCUCUCCUUCCUCUGGGCGUCACCGCCGCCGCCGUUCCUCCACGAUCUUCGCCGCUCGCCGGCGACCAUGAGAGGCUUCCCUGCUCGCAAUCUCCGGCCCUCUCCUUCUAAAAAGCAGCCGCCUGUAGAUGAGCUUCUCCUGAAACGGAGGAACCCAAGCAAAUCGGAUCCCGUCGGCAGCGCCAACCACCCAUCGGCCCCUCUCUGCCGCGCCCCCUCGGGUAAGCCCCGUUCCUCGGUUUCAAAAUCCGAUCCUUUUCAUGGUUUCAGUGGAUCCAAGAGCCUCCCGGCUUCAAAAUCGAUAUUUUCCAUCGAAAUCCAACAAAAAACCGCGAAAUCCCUGGACCCAGUUCGUCUCUCCGCGAUUCUCUCGAGAAAAGACUGGUUUUUGAUGCUAAAUACUGAGUUCAAAUCGGUUGUGGCAUAUCUAAAUCCCCGUUCAGCCGUGAGCUUGAUUCAAUAUCUGGAAAACCCUCUAUUUUCGCUCAAAUUUUACAUCUGGCUUUCUAAUUUCAAUGAACAAUUAGCAAAAGAUCAGUCCGUUCGCAGGGUUUUAGCUGAAACUCUUUGGAGGAGAGGUCCAGUAGUACUAUCGGUGGACUUAUUGAAGGAGAUUAAGAGCUUUGGUUGUCGAAUUACAGAGGAUAUGCUGUGCAUUUUGAUAUCUACUUGGGGCCGAUUAGGUCUUGCGAAGUAUGUGAAUGAAGUCUUUGGGCAGAUGUCAUUCUUGGGAUUUAGGCCGAGCACCCGGGUCUACAACUCGGUGAUUGAUGCAUUGGUAAAUGCUAAUUCACUUGAUUUGGCUUAUUUUAAGUUCCAGCAGAUGCCUUCCGAUAAUUGCUCGCCCGAUCGUUUCACUUACAAUAGUCUCAUCCAUGGAGUAUGCAGGCUGGGUAUUGUUGAAGAAGCUCUUCGGUUGGUGAGGCAGAUGGAGAGUUCAGGAUACCCACCUAAUGUGUUCACCUACACUAUACUGGUGGAUGGAUUUUGCAAUGCAAGGAAGGUGGCGGAGGCAUUUCGUGUUUUAGAGAUGAUGAAGAAGAGAAAUGUGGCUCCUAAUGAAGCCACUUUCCGGUCGUUGGUCCAUGGCACAUUUCGGUGCUUGGAACCACACAAGGCAUAUGAAAUGUUAUGUGUGCGUUUAGAAGGAGAAUCAUUUCUACAGGACCAUGCUUGUAGCACUAUAUUGUAUUGCCUUUCCAAGUGUAGUAUGGCAAGAGAGGCCAGAGAGUUUAUGAAUAGGGCGGGCCAAAGGGGUUAUUUUCCAGAUGCUGCAAUAUUUAAUAUAGUGAUGGCUUGUAUUGUGAAGGGUCUGGGAUUGAGUGAUGUGUGUGAGAUGUUGGAUCAUUACAGAAAAAGAGGUGGCAAACCUGGAUUUAGUACAUAUCUUAUGGUUAUCAAUUGUUUGUUAAAGGAAGGAUGGGUUGUGGAGGCAGAUCUGUAUUUGAAACAGAUGGUCUUGGAUGGACUUGUAUCUAGUGUAGUAUCAUACAACAUGCUGAUUGAUUGCUUUGUCAAAGCUGAGAUGAUGGAUAAGGCAAUGGAGAUAUUUGAAGAGAUGCAUCGGAAGGGUUUUCAUCCAAACCUGGUUACCUUCAAUACUCUUAUCAGUGGCCAUUCUAGGGCUGGGGAUGCAGGUAUGGCAAGGGAUGUUCUAAAGAUGCUUCUGGAGCAUGGUUUUAAGCCAGAUGUUGUGACAUUCAGCUCUAUAAUCGAUGGGCUUUGCCGGGUUCACCAGAUGGAUGAUGCAUUUGAUUGUUUCAAUGAGAUGAUAGAAUGGGGUGUUUCUCCAAAUGCUGUCACAUACAACAUACUAAUCCGUUCACUUUGUGCAGUUGGGGAUAUCCGCAGAUCAAUGAAGCUUUUCAAAAGGAUGAAAGGAGAGGGCAUUGAUCCAGAUGUCUUUUCUUUUAACCCCCUAAUUGUAAGCUUUUGUAAGAUGAAAAUGAUUGAGACAGCACAAAACCUUUUUGAUGCUAUGUUGAGGUUUGGUGUGGCUCCAGACAGUUAUACAUAUAAUGCUUUUAUCAAAUCUUUAUGUGAUGCAAGGAAAGUUAAAGAGGCCAAAGAAACUAUACUCAUAAUGGAGUUAAAUGGCUGUACUCCAAAUUCUUAUUCAUAUGGCUCAAUUAUACAUGCCCUUACUUCUCUGGGCAACUUAGAAGAGGCUCAAGAGCUAAUUAGCAAAUGCAGAAGGAAGGGAAUUCUUAUAAAUCCCAUUCCUAAUCUGAAGAUGGAAUCUGAAAUUACUGACAGAGUUGUCAACAGCUGAUUCAAAUUAUUUCAUGGUUGUAACUAAUAGAUUACAGCUUCUUUAUUAAAGGUUGUUUUACCAAUGGCAUAUCAGUUAUGCCAUCAAAUCAUCUCAACCCUACUAAAGGGUGAAGCAGGGGCUCCAUUCAACAAUCUCAACCUACUGUCAUUUUGCUUCUGGAUAAUUACUUUUGUAUAUAUUUAUACAUGAUAUCUUGCCAUGUUAUUUUGCAUAAUAUGCCUGCACUACCAGAAGACGACUGGUAUUUGUCUAUGAAAUGAAGCCAAUGUUUCUGACUGCAGCCUCAGGUCUUCUAUCAUGCAGAGGAGAACCAGGAUCCAGGUUAAGCCUCUGAAAAGACACGGAUGAAAAAGGAUGUGGAUAGGAAUGAUGAAAAUUGAUUCAAUGUUCUCACUUUGAAAGGCAAUAUGUUUUGUCUAUGAACAGCUUGGAUUGGUCAGAGCUGGAAAAAUUGUUGAUCGACCAAAAAGCAGUCCACAGCAAAGAAUUGUCUGCUUGGAAUUUUUUCUCUCCUUUAUACCGGCAGUGCACUGUAUUUUUUUUCCUUUUUUUUUGACAAUAAACCCUGUGACUCAUUCUUUUAUUGAAGAUUAAUGUAAGAUGGAACAAAAUUUGAACUC